AGUGUCAGACUUUGGGUUGAUGAGACAAAUCUAUGAAGAUGUGAGCAGCUCAGCGAAGUCCAAAAAACUUCCUGUGAAAUGGAUGGCCCCAGAAUCACUCUAUCAAGGCCUUUACACUACCAAAAGUGAUGUGUACGUAUAAAAGAUUCCCACUCUUUUUAACACAUUUCGAUACAUUGCUUCUCAGAAAACCUCAGCUACCCUAAAAAUCGUGAUCAGUGAGUUUAAUUCAAACCGAUCUAGAAUUCCAGUGGUGAAUAUAGUGGGUAAUUUCGUACUUGUCAGCUCAAUUUUGACUCAGGACUAUAUAUAGUUUUCAUAGUCAAUAGCGAGAGCGGCGUCUGUUGAAUUCUGAAAUCAGAGUGUAUGUAAAGAUCACUUAGAAGCUUUCCUUUGCCGGGAAAAGUUUACGAAUAUGCGACCGACCCGUCACGUAAAUUGGUAUUGAUUUCCCUACUCUAUUAACCUUGCUAGGCCAUUUGCUAAGGGCUUUGAGCAUCUGAGGCCUGGUGUCAUAGGGUUCAGUCAAGCGCGAAGGCACGGAAAGGUGGAGACACGCCCUUUUCCCCUUAAGUUCGUCAAGUAAAAAGAAGAAGAGGAAAAUUUAUAGUGUUUAUGCAGUGGGAAUGUUCAUGACCUUUGUGCUUUUCUCUGUAGUUGGUCUUUUGGUGUUGUUCUUUGGGAGAUGGCUACAUUGGGUGAGUAGACCGUCACACACUGAUCAUGUUACCUUCCAAGGGGAGUGAGAUCCCAAGAACUGUCCUCCCUAGUGCCACGGGGGAUAUGACUUGAAUAGUGCGACUAGCCUGAUAUUAAAGGACGACACUGGGACUUUUAAAAGAGUGAGUCCUUAUUAAAUAAGGUUAUUGCCAUCAGGAAACAGGCUGAUACCUGAUCAGUUGUAUUUGUGGCAAGCCAUGUCCGUAGUUUUUUUUUUUUUUGGUUUGAACUAGGCUUUAUGUCUGAGAUUAUAAAUAAGUGAUAAUCGGCAUCAAAUAUGUACGCAUUAUAGAGAGCAUUAUUACUAAGCACCAUGCUUUCUUUCUUUCUUUCUUUCUUGCUUUCUUCCUUACAUUCAAAUGCAACUCGGACCCCUAUUCAAUCACUAUUCUUUUGCAAAACUGCAUUAUUGAGUGCGAGGGAAUGAAGACUCGUGGACGUUGACAUUUCCAGUAGAAAUCUAUCCAAUGGAAUGAGCCGUAUUUUCAAAUAAUAACAUGUAUAUUUUUUCUUUUUCAUAACGUGAUCAGGAGGCGUACCAUACCCCACGCUGACCAACUCAGAGUUGUAUCGACUGCUUGGCACUGGUUAUCGCAUGGAAAGGCCUGACAUGUGCUCCGAUGAUGUGUACGUUUCUUGAUCAGAAUCGUCUUAAAGUUUACAAAUAGAUUCGAUUUUUCCGUGCGUCUUCAUAGUUAUAAAUUAUAGCAAUGAAAGUUGCAGAAGACAAGUCGGUUGGCAAUUUUGACGUUUUCUUCGAUCAAAUUGGUUACUGAACAGACGGACGGCAAAAUCUUAGCUUAAAUAUUUGUUUCAUCCAGUAGUAUGAUAGUGUUAAGACUUUAACAGAGAUCGACAGCAAGGAUUUUUUCUCCAUGUUUGAUAUUUCGUUAUGGUAAUUGAUUAAAACUAGGUAUUCUUUCUCUUACCUGGUAACAGCUUUAUUAGCAAAAUUUGGCGAUGUUGGCUAAUUCUUUCAACUUGGAAAACUUUAAACAACAUUUCCAGUAGACCAUUCCAAAACCAUCUACCACGCGAGGGUACUGUCGCUGUCGUGUGUUCUCUCGCGUGCCGCUCGCGCGUGUACUUCUCACGAGAUCGCCCCAAGUGGAGAGCUUGCUCGCAGGCUAGGCAAGAAACCGACAAGCCUAAUGAUCCGGCGUGAGUGGUUCCCAGCUGGUCUAAAGGAAAAACUAUUCUACUAAAUUGGGGUAUCUUACGUCAAAUAGAAACGGUUUCUAUGUAUGUAAUAAUGGAAUGGAACUCUUACUAACUUAAAUUGUUGUUGUUAUUGUUUUUUAUUCAUAACAGAUAUGAGCUGAUGACUGACUGUUGGAAGGAGGAACCACGCUCUCGUCCCAGUUUCUUUCAGAUGAUCGAAAAACUGGAGGUGAUAAUGCAGAGGGAUGCACCAUACUUGGAUCUAAGCAAACGUAAUGAAGAUCAUCCGUAUUACAACGUGCCCCCUGAAGCUAGUGGUGACUAA